UUCUCUGAGCGGAGCAUAACAAGGCUUGUCUCCCUCUCUGUCUGUUUAAAACAUUUAUCUCCUCGGCAGCUCAGAGCCUGCAGAGGGAGAGUACACUGUCCUACAGCUGGUCUGGGAGAGGGAGGAAAUAACUUGGCAUUGCAACAGACAGACAGACAUCCUGCAACACGUUGACUCCUGUUCUGCUAUGGAGCGCUGGGUUCUCCUCUCUCUGUCUCUCCUGGUCUACCUGUAUCUGGAGGUGGCUGGAGCUGGGGCCCAGGACCAGAGAGGGCUGGCUGGCCAGGGCAACGGGAGGAGGAGAGGGCCAGGGGGCGCAGAGCACAACCAGCCCCAGGGAGUAGGACUAGGACGGGGAAAGAGGAGGAAGGCAGGAGGGCCCGGGAAAGGGAGAGCCAGGGGGAACAGGGACAAUCAGAGAUCAAAACCCCCCCUGGGUCUGACGAGGCUGGGGAGUCUUCCACCCAACGCAGGAGGAGACAGAGGGACGAGGCUGGGGAGUCUUCCACACAACGCAGGAGGAGACAGAGGGACGAGGCUGGGGAGUCUUCCACACAACGCAGGAGGAGACAGAGGGACGAGGCUGGGGAGUCUUCCACACAACGCAGGAGGAGACAGAGGGACGAGGCUGGGGAGUCUUCCACACAACGCAGGAGGAGACGGAGGGACGAGGCUGGGGAGUCUUCCACACAACGCAGGAGGAGACGGAGGGACGAGGCUGGGGAGUCUUCCACACAACGCAGGAGGAGACAGAGGGUCUAUUUUCAUUGAGUCGUACAAGAGUGUUGACGAGAGAAAGUCUAACUACAAUGUAAUCCCAGGUAAAAGGGGCCAGUGUGUGUACCAGGGCAUCACCAUGUUUGAGAAAGCUGUCUGGUCCCCCAAGCAGUGUGUUACCUGUCUGUGUAGUGGAGGGGAGGUGGUCUGUGACGAGAUCCUUUGUCCCCAGCUACGAUGUCACUACCCCUACACUCCCACUGGGGAGUGCUGUCCUGUCUGCAUGGAUACAGUUCCCAACGACCCCAGCGACCAUGUGAACCCUGACCUUGACCCCGCCGUGCCCCGCUCCCAGGCCGAGAUCGAACUCCUCUUGAAGAGAGAGGAGGAAGAGCACAGGGAGGAGGAGGCACGUCUUCUCAAGAAGGACGCCGAGAAAAAGAGGAGGAAGAAACAGAAGAAGGAGGAGGCUGAGAGACAGAGGAGUCUGCAGGAGGAGAGGAGUCUGCAAGAGGAGAGGAGUCUGCAGGAGGAGAGGAGUCUGCAGGAGGAGAGGAGUCUGCAGGAGGAGAGGAGGCGCGAGGAAGAGCGGCUGCAGAUGGAGAAGGAGGCAGAGAAGGCAGAGAAGAGGCAGGAGGAAGCAGAGGCGGCCAUGAAGGAGCAGGAAAGGAAGCUGGAGGAGGAGAGGAGGAGACACGAGGAGGACCUGAAGGAGAACCUCAGGGAGCUAGAGGAGGAAGAAGAAGAGGAGAGGGAGCAGGAGGAGGAAGACAUGGAGUGGCUAUUGAGAGGAGAUGUUUUCCAGAUCUUUCCAGAGGAGCCGACCGAAGAGGACCUCCUUACACCUCCCCUAGCCGAGCCCACUGAGAAACAAGAGGAGGAUGGAGGAGAGGAGUGGGGAGUGGUGGCACACAGACCUGGGAACACCCUCCCGUUAGGUUGUGAUAUCUCUGAUGUCAUCGUGACGUGUGAGAACGCUCAGCUGACCAACUUCCCUCCCCUGAACAUCCCUGAACUCAAGUCUCUGAGCCUGGAGGGUAACGACAUCACAACCAUCCCAGUGGGGGCGUUUAAUGGUAUCCCCAACCUGGAGUGGAUUAACCUGAGCAAGAACAAGUUGGUGACUUCUGGCAUUGCCCCACGUGCCUUCAAAGGCCUGAAGUUCCUGAGCCGUCUGUUCCUGGACAACAACCUCCUCGAGACGGUUCCAACAGAUCUCCCAUCAACACUACAGGAACUCAAGAUCAACGAGAACCACCUCAAAGGCAUCGAGGAGAACAGCUUCCAAGGUCUGAGUAGCCUGUUGAUCUUGGAGUUGGAGGGAAAUGUCCUGAACGAAGGGACCGUGGAUCAUCAAGCUUUCAGUCCCCUCUCUCAGCUCUCUUACCUCCGUCUGGGCAGAAACCACUUCAGGACCGUCCCCCAGGGCCUGCCUCCAUCUCUACUGGAGGUUUAUCUAGAGAACAACCUGAUAGAAGAGAUAUCCGACUGCGUCUUCAACCAAUCCACUAACCUGAACGUGAUCUCACUGAGACACAACAGACUGGAGGAGUCCAGGAUAGCACCUCUAGCAUGGAUCAACCACAAGAACCUGGAGUCCAUAGACCUGUCCUACAACCGUCUGUACCUGGUCCCAUCCUACCUGCCCAGAGCUCUGGUCCACCUGGUCUUGGUAGGGAACCAGAUUGAGAGGAUACCAGGGUUUGUGUUCGCCCACAUGGUGCCGGGGAUAGAGUACCUGUACCUGUCCCACAACAAGCUGGAUGGGGAGGGAGUGGAGCCACAGUCCUUCUUCGGUGCUCACACCUCUAUGACAGAGCUGUGUUUAGACCACAACCAGUUGAUAACGGUUCCCCCUGGUAUCAACCAGAUGAGCACUCUGCACUUCCUCCACCUCAAUAACAACAGAAUCAGGACCUUUGCUGAGGAUGCCAUCUGUGACCCUGAGAACAACGAGGACUCCCACAUUGUGAUGCUGCGUCUGGAGAACAACCUCAUCGACCCCAGAAAGAUCUCCCCCAUUGCCUUCUCCUGCGUACGCUCUUACUCUAGCGUCGUCUUGAAACCUCAGUGGACCAAGUAACAGGAUUUGUGUGGCAGAAUUGCCAAAACAGAUCCCCUUCUUCCUAGGCACCCCUGUAGAUCUGAAAGGCUGGGAUAGGUGGAAACAAUAUGGCGACAUUUUCACACAGCCAAUCACAAGGCAAGAGGAAGCAAUUAUCCUUAUCCUCUCAGAUCAACAGAGCCUGGAAUUCAGCCGCUGUUAUUUUAGCAAAAAAAAUCCAAAACCAAAGAAAUUGUCAGUGAAAUCACCAAAAACUCCAAACUGUAUCUCAUUGUUAGAGUCAUGCAACACAAUUCAUAUCAACGACUAUAGGAGAGAGAGAGAGCGAGAGAGAGAGAGCGAGAGAGAGACAGAGACAGAGACAGAGACAGAGAGAGAGAGAGAGAGACAGAGACAGAGACAGAGAGAGACAGAGACAGAGAGAGAGAGAGAGACAGAGACAGAGACAGAGAGACACUGUUAGGAAAAUACACCUUCCACUCCUGGUUUUCCAUCUUCUCCGACCCCAUGGAUGGAAACAUUCUUGGGAAGUGAGGCACAGCUUCUUGGACUUGUUCCUAAAACCCUUAAUUUAAAAGAUUGAAGUGUUUGAAAAAGACCUCCUAGCAGAGUUAACCUCAGCAUGAUCUGGUCUGCAUCCCAAAUUGCAAGCUAUUCCCAUAUAUAUAUAUAGUGCACUACUUUUGGCCAGGACCGGUAGGGAAUAGGGUGCCAUUUGGAAUGUAGAUCUAGUGAUCGAGGGGUACAGAUGAGGAUGUAACAUGUCUAGAGAUGCCCUUUCAGUCCUAUUCUGUGAUAAAAAAAUUUGGUCCCCAGUUUGAGACGUUGCUUCAGAUUACGUUCGCUUGACGUUCCCGACAGAGAGAAUAUAGAUGGAUCAACUAAACAACACGCGUCCUCAAGUAAGCACAGAAAUAUAAAUAGAACCAUCUUUACCAGUCAAAUUGCCAGGGUUAGAGGUUCCAAGCCCAUUCUAUAGAUUCUAUUUCUAUGUCAAGCAGCGGGUCAGGAUCUACAAUAAGGAGAUAUACCUCUGAUGUAUAUAGGGAUAUGUAUAUUGGGAUAAUAAUAAUAAUCAGUAUGUUUUAUAUAUGAUAUUGCUUUGCCCUCAACUGACUUAUUUCACAAAUCAUUCUAUAAAGAAACUAUACUGUAAAAUGGAAACUUUUACCAUAGUUUUCAGUGUUUGAAAUCUGUCUGCAACACCACGUGUACAUGGCUGGCUAAGAUGUAAAAGUGGGGAUUGUGAAUUUAUAAAAAGCUACAUUUGAGAAUUGCAAUUAUCGACAAGUUCAUACAAAGUGCAAGUACAUUUUUUUUGUUCAUACCUGUACAAACACACGAUGUCAGAAUGACUCAAAUAAAGCUUUACUUAGUUACGAUUCAAAUAA